UGUGGCAACCUGCUGUGACGUAAGACGCACGCCCUCACUAUCUGCGCAUGCUCACUGGUGGCCGUAAGAUGGCGGCGUGUUUGCAGCGUUUGAGUCAUGUUGCCGGACAGAGACUCCUCGGGAGGGUUUUGGCCAGUUGCAAGCGGCAGCCUGUCCUACACAGCUGGAACCGAUUCCAGGCCACUCAAGCAACAGCUGCACAUAUUGUUCUGAAUAUCCCAGAAACAAAAGUAACCAUUCUGGAAAAUGGACUACGAGUGACAUCUGAAGACUCCAGUCUUUCAACAUGUACAGUUGGACUGUGGAUUGAUGCAGGGAGCCGCUAUGAGAAUGAGAGGAACAAUGGAACAGCUCAUUUCUUGGAGCACAUGGCUUUCAAAGGCACAAAGAAACGCUCUCAGCUAGACUUGGAACUUGAAAUCGAGAACAUGGGAGCCCAUUUAAAUGCAUACACAUCUAGAGAACAAACAGUGUAUUAUGCGAAAGCAUUUUCUAAAGAUCUGCCCAGAGCUGUUGAAAUCCUCGCAGACAUUAUCCAGAAUAGUACUUUGGGAGCAGCUGAAAUUGAACGUGAGCGAGGAGUUAUUCUAAGGGAAAUGCAAGAAGUUGAAACUAAUCUUCAGGAAGUCGUCUUUGACUAUCUGCAUGCAACAGCCUAUCAGGCUACGGCUUUAGGCCGUACCAUCCUGGGCCCUACGGAAAACAUUAAAUCUAUAACUCGGAAUGACCUAGUGGAAUAUAUCACAACACACUACAAGGGACCAAGGAUGGUAUUAGCUGCUGCUGGAGGAGUGGGACAUGAAGAAUUGGUUGACUUGGCAAAGCAUCAUUUUGGUAAUCUAUUAACGACUUAUGACGGUAAUACCACACCAGAUCUGCCUCCCUGUAAAUUCACAGGAAGUGAGAUUCGUGUAAGAGAUGACAAGAUGCCAUUAGCUCAUAUUGCAAUUGCUGUUGAAGCUGCUGGCUGGUCACAUGCAGACACCAUUCCUCUGAUGGUGGCAAACACCCUGAUUGGUAACUGGGACCGUUCUUUUGGUGGUGGUGCGAACUUGUCCAGUAAGUUGGCACAGAUGGCUUGCCAGGGAAACCUCUGCCACAGUUUCCAAUCAUUCAACACCUGCUAUACAGAUACUGGUCUUUGGGGGCUUUACAUGGUCUGUGAGUCUAACACAAUUGACAACAUGCUGCAUUUUGUUCAAAGAGAGUGGAUGAGAUUGUGCACCAGUGUUACUGACAGUGAAGUUGCUAGAGCCAAAAACCUCUUAAGAACAAACAUGUUGCUGCAGCUUGAUGGAUCAACACCAAUCUGUGAAGAUAUUGGGAGACAAAUGUUGUGUUACAAUCGAAGGAUUCCAAUCCCAGAGCUUGAAGCUAGGAUUGAGGCUGUUGAUGCCAAAACAGUAAGGGAUGUGUGCACCAAGUAUAUCUACAAUAAGCACCCUGCAAUUGCUGCUGUUGGUCCUAUUGAACAGCUCCCAGAUUAUAACAGAAUUUGCAAUGCAAUGUAUUGGUUGACAGUGUAAUUAGCAGCAGCUAUAAAUGUUUGUAAAAAAUAAAGUGAGACAUUUA